UUCUCCGUCAUUUCCUUCCCACUAGCGUUGGUUUGUAGCAGAGUGGCUACAUAGAGAGGGGGUGGGGAGAGUUGUUUUGUGUUGCGUUCCUGCAGUGUGUUUGACCCUUAACCUCGUUGUUGUGUUCUCUCCGCCUUGCAUUCCAAAGUGAGGUUUUCCUGCAGCAGAUGUAGCUUCAACAGACGAGAGGCGCUCGUAGCUGCUAGGGUUCGCUCGUUACUGCGCUCCCCGUACGUGUUUACUAGAUAGCUUCUCAUGAGCCUUCUGUCACGUUACAGUGCACUAGACUAGAACAACAAUAGUUUAUAUAAAUGAAUUAGCUCACCAAGGGACGUGCCUACCGAGCACAGGACGAGCGAGAAAACGAGCAACUGCGUGCUGGGAAGGCUAAGUUAGCGAAACGGAGAGAAACCGCUCAGCUAACGUAGCUUGCUAGUUCGGCGUUUCCUGACCCAUUGAAGCUAUCGCAACUGCUGCUGGAGGAGCAACUGAGAGAGGAUAGCUAGCUACUAGAGGGAGGAAAUGAAGGACAAACAGAAGAGAAAGAAGGAACGCACGUGGGCUGAGGCGGCUCGCAUGGUUCUAGAGAACUUCUCUGAUGCCCCCAUGACGCCCAAGCAGAUCCUGCAUGUUAUCCAGACCAAAGGACUCAAGGAAAUGAGAAGUGGCACGGCCCCUCUGGCCUGUCUGGUGACCAUGCUGCACUCCCAAGUGAGGGGGGACCGAGUAAAGAACAGCAUCUUCUUCAAGCUUCCUGGCAGGAUGAGUCUGUUCACUUUAAAGAAGAACGCUCUGCAGUGGACCAAGAGUUCGACAGAGGCGGAGACAGCGGACACCACCACACAGGCUACCGCUUCCACUGCAACAGCAGGGCCAACGGAAGGGGGGGAGCAAGAGAGCUGUGACUCCAUGGAAAUGAUUGCGGCCAGCGGAGAGAAUGACGCGUCAGUAGAUGAGAGCUCAUCCAGUGCGUCCUGCUCCACAGAGCCCCAGACCAGGCUGAGUAGGUCUGGAGUCUCUGGACAGGUGCGCUCCGAGGCCCAGGCGCAGACCCGACUAAGCCGAUCCAGACAGUCGGGCAGACAGAGGAAGAAGGCUGUGAUGAUGCCACGCGUGGUCCUCACUCCACUCAAGGUCAAUGGUGACCACGUCCCAUCAGGAGCAGCGGGGAGGCGCAGGGAAGGCUCUAGGGGGGGUCCAGGCCCCACGCUCCGUGCCCGCCCUGAACUGGCUAGCUGGAAACGCCCCCAGCACUUCAAGAGCAUUCGUGGCCACCACUCAGGGCCCAUGAAGAGGAGCCGAGGUGGGGUGGAGGUGGACUUUGAGACGCCUGGCUCAAUCCUGGUCAACACAAACAUCAGGGCCCUCAUCAACAUGCGCACCUUCUCUGCCUUCCCAGCGCAGUACCAACAGCAACUCCUGCAGCUCCUCCCUGAAGUCGACCGCCAGGUGGGACCUGACGGUCUGGCUCGCCUCAGUAACUCGGCUCUCAACAAUGAAUUCUUCACUCACGCCUCCCAGAGCUGGAAGGAAAGGCUCGCUGAGGGGGAGUUCACUCACGAGAUGCAGGUGCGAUUUCGCCAGGAGAUGGAGAAAGAGAAGAAAGUGGAGGCAUGGAAGGAGAAGUUCUUUGAGGAGUACCACGGUCAAAAGUCUGGCCUGACCCGGGAAGAGUCUCUGAAGUUGACAAUGAGUGAAGAGGCCGAUGCUGCCGCCAGCGCCCUGGAGAGUGAGGUGGCAUCUGUGGCUGCAGGAACGCCCAAGCGCCGUGGUGUGGGCAGGAGGCGGCGGGACGGCAGGAUGAGACGGCGAACGCGUGCAGACAUGAGACGCAGGGCGCGGCGCACCCUCUGCAAGACCAACUCCCCCGCCAUGCAGACCCCCGAGCAGCCGGAGGGCACACUCACUCUAGACGCUGUUGCCUCUGUCUCUGCGCCCUCGCCCGUCCCAGAGGCCACCAUGGUGCAGGGAGAGGUGGUGCUACAGGCCGAAUCUGGACUGGAGACCCCGGCCCAGUCUGCCUCCCUAGAGCCCACGCCCUGCCCUUCCCCUGUGCCCACGCUCCUGUCUGUGACCGUGCCUGAGCCUGAGCCUGAGCCCACCCCGACCCCCAGCCCCAGCCCUGCAUCCGUCAGUGCCAUCGACGAGCCUGAAGUCACUGCCCGCCUGCUCCCCGAAGAGCUUGCACCCGCCAUCGCCUCAACAUCUCCCUCCUCCUCGUCCUCCUCCUCCUCCUCGUCCUCCUCCCCUUCCUCCUCUCCCUCCUCAACCUCCGAGAGGCAGGGGGCGUUCACCGCCGGCUUGGACUCUUCUUCCUCUUCCUCCUCCUCCACGGCCGCCGCCACCGCCGAUCCACUAGACGAUGGGGCCUCUGUGGUCACCUCGGUCACGGGGGGAACGGCCACCAGCAGCCAGGAGAGCAGCCCUGCAGCCAGCCCCACCCCCACUGCCGCCACCUCCACCCAGACCAAGGAGCAGAAGAGGAGGCCAGACGAGACCCAGGCCUUCUCCAGCUUCCCCGAGAAGAGGCCGCGAAUAGAAGAUCGUCAGUCCUUUCGUACCACAAUCGACGGGGUCCACACGGAAAAGCCGCAGCCGACAGCAGAGGAGCCCAAGGUCCCACCUAUCCGGAUUCAACUCUCCAGAAUCAAACCGCCCUGGGUCAAAGGGCCGCCAACCUACCAGAUCUGUCCCCGCAUUGUGCCCCCCGGUGAGGGCUUGCGGCGCACGGGGACGGGGGCGCGCACCCUGGCGGACAUCAAAGCUCGCGCCCAGCAGGCCCGGGCCCAGCGCGAGGCCGCUGCUGCUGUUGCAGCCACUGGGGACGGGCCAGGGCCCGGCGGGGGCAGGGCUGGUUCUGGGCUACCGGAUCGCAGCAGUGGAAGACGAACUCGAGAGCACCCAGGACCCGUCGAGCCCGGAGGAGGAGGAGGAGGAGCAGGAGGCGUGGAGGAGCAGGGAUCGCCUGCGGGCUCUCAUCCGCCUGGAACACAACUACAGCUGUCCAAUGUAGAGCCCUCCUCUACCCCCACCCCCCACACAGCUGCCUCAUCCCCCUCCCUGUCUACCUCCUCCAACCCCUCCCUGUCCUCUUCAGAGCCCCCGCAGACCCCCACUCCACCCCUACCCACCCAGGAGGAGCGGCUGGGGGAGCUGAGUGGGGAGGAAGGGGCUACACUAACACCACCACCAGUCAAAUGCACCACCAACGGACUCUCGGACAAGGCAGCGCUUCUGAAGCCUGAGACUGUGUCCAGCCACCUCCAAGGGCAAAGCGAGGGGGCCGACUGUGACAGGACAACGACCCAAAGCGGUCCCUUGGCACCCACCUCCAUCCCAGAUUCUCUGCCCAGGUUCGGGGCCCAGGGAGUGGAUGUGAUCAGGUCCCUGGCCGGCACCGAGCAGGCCAGGGGGGGAGGAGGGGGUGUCAUCCAGCAUGGUUCCCACCACGUGGGUCCACAGGAGAACCCCCCCACCCCGGCUAGAGAGGGCCGCAUCCAGGGCGAAAGGCAGCAGUCGGAGCCCCUGGGGAGGGAGAGAGAGACAGCCUCUCUCCCUCGUCUCCCACCCUCAGUCAGAGAGGACGACGCAGGGCAUCACAGCGACUCCACGGAGACGGCCUCCGACUGUGAGAACGAGAGCCAGGAGGAGGAGCCCCACCUGAGCACAUGGCGCCACCACCUGCCCGCUCAGCGCAACGGCAACAUCCAGCACCUCCAAAGGCUGUCUCAGAAGGCCCAUGGCCAGCCUGUGAUCUGCAGUCCCCCUUCACAGCAGAACCAGCAGCCGGUCAUCCAGGCCCAUGUGUCCAACCAGCACGGCCAGACGGUCAUCCAGCCCUGCUUCCCCAACGGCCUGCCCAGCCAGAGUCUCAUGCAGCCGGGACAGAAUCCGCAGCAGCCUGGACGCACUCCCCACCCAGACCAACAAGCUAUCGCUGCGCCACACCCCAAAGCCCAGAGGGGGCACAAAACAGACGCCAUCGAAGACUACAAAGCAUCUAGCCGUUGCUUGGCUGAUGAGGACUGUAGGCUGGGGCUGAAUCCCUCUCCCACCGCUAGCUGCAAGAGGCUCCCUAGUUCUGCCCGGCCCGUGUCUACAGUGGAGGCCAACAACCCUCUGGUCACCCAGCUGCUCCAAGGCAGCCUCCCGCUGGAGAAAGUCCUGCCGCAGACGCACUCGGCUAGCAAGCUGGAGAUCAACCGCCUGCCAGAGGGGCUUCAGUCAGGCCCCAAGUCCCAGCUCAGCCGGCAGCAGCAGACCAGGAACCCAGGCACUCGCUUCAGGGGCCCCCCAGAGUCCGGUACGAUGGAGUCGCUGGUCCCCGAGUUGUCCUCUCAGAACCAGCAGAAGUCCCCUGCUGGCCGAGGAGGCUCCCCUGGAGCAGGCAGGAGCUUUGCGUCCUCUCCCCCAGGCACAGUACCCUCCCGCAUGGCCUGCCUGCUGGAGGAGGCCUCCUCUCGGGCCACGGCCAUGCAGCAGUAUCUCUCCCAGCAGCCAGCUGGUGCCGUUCCCCCCGGGGCUGUGCCCGUCAUUACAUCCCUCUCUUCUUCGUCCUCUUCCUCCAGACGCAACUCCCAGGAGUCGGCCGUCAUCAGAGAGUCUCCAGAGAGGCACCACAACUUCACCCAGCCGCGGGCCACCCCGGACGCCCCAUCGCCCCCGCACAGCAACCUCGGCCUCUCUGACGUGGUCCCCACCGUCAAGAUCAACUGGCACCCUUCCAAACCCCACCCCCCACACCAACAGCAGCUUUCGCCCGUGAAGAGCGAGGUCACCUCCCGGCCCUCUUGCCAAACUCUUGCCAAAACCUCUCCCUCUGGCCCCAUGGCAGGUGGCGGGCCAGGUGUGGUGGUCACCAAAAAGGAGGCAGUGAACUCUAUGGACGGUUACCUGACUGGAGGAGGUAUAGGAGGAGGUGGGGCUAUGGAGGGACUGCUGAACAUGGAGAUGUCCUUAGCCCGCAUGGCUAAGAAGGAGGCGCAGAGCAAAGCUCAGUACUCCUCAUCUUCCUCCUCCUCCCUCCCUUUCCAGCUCUACGGAAAGCUGCCUAAGCAGGGUGGCGUGGCGUCACCCGGUUUCAGCUACACGGCCAACGUGUCUGUGGUGGACGGCAGCGGCUUCUCGAGGAGCAUCGCUGACGGCGUCCUGCAGCUGCGUCAGCGCCACAGCGCUAGCCAGAGCGCCACACUCAGCAUCCAGGCGUUCGCCGACAGCGCCGCUGAGGAAGUGGCCCUCAAGUGCUCGUGCCGCCUCAAGGCCAUGAUCAUGUGCCAGGGCUGCGGGGCCUUCUGCCACGACGACUGCAUCGGCCCCUCCAAACUGUGUGUCUCCUGUCUGGUGGUCAGAUAGGAGCUUUCUCUGACGUUAUCACGGUGUUGGUGGUUUGAUGUUAUAUGCUGUGCCACCUUCAGCAUACCUGCUCCAUGUAUAAACUGUUAACUAACCUAACACACCCCGAACUUGAGAGAAACAAGGGUGUGGGACUUCAGGCUUUGACAUGUACAUAACCCUUGGAAGUGUUGCCUUGUAUUAUAAAAUCGGUAUGUAUUUUUUUGUUGCAUAUUUUUUCUAAUGCUGUUAUGUUGAUGUAAUUAUUAUUUUGUUAUAAUUAUUAAUAUUGUGAAUUUAUUUGGCACGGUUGAUUGUAAAUUGUGCCUUUUUUUAUUCUUUCCUCAAAACAUUUACCUCAUCUUAUCUUGACACACCUGUCAGCAGUUCAGUGUGAAAAUGGUGGCCGUUAUUGUUUGUUUUCCUCUCUGGCCCUGCAUGGAGGGCUUGGAGGGGGAUUUGUUCUUGUCUCUUUCUUGCAAAGAAAUAUUUUUUUAAUCAUUAAAGCAAGCAUAAAUUACAUUG